GGAGCGUAAUCUGCUGUUCCAAAAGCGCCGAAUGCAAAAUGGCGACGUCCUAUCUUGAGCAAAUGCAGAAACAUUUUCAAACAAACGGCAGAACUCGAGACAUACAGAUCCACAGUGCUAAAGUUCACUCGGUUGCAUGGAGCUGUGAUGGUAGAAGACUAGCAUCAGGUUCAUUUGAUAAAACUGUUACCAUAUACACAGUGGAAAGGGAACGAUUGAGCAAAGAACACAUAUUUCGUGGACAUGGAGAUAGUGUAGAUCAACUCUGUUGGCAUCCAAAUAAUCCAGACCACUUAGCUACGGCCAGCGGAGACAAAACUGUACGGAUAUGGGAUUCUCGUACAAACAAAGCAGCAGCAGUCAUCAACACAAAAGGGGAGAAUAUCAACAUUUGCUGGUCUCCAGAUGGCAGCACUAUUGCUGUAGGUAACAAAGAAGAUCUUGUAACUUUUAUUGAUGCUCGUACUCAUCGAUCACGAGCAGAAGAGCAAUUCAAGUUUGAGGUAAAUGAGAUCUCAUGGAAUAAUGAUGGUGAUUUGUUCUUCCUUACAUCUGGACAUGGCAGUAUCCAUAUUCUCAGCUAUCCAGAACUCAAGCUUCAACAUGUUUUGAACGCACACCCUGCAAACUGUAUUUGCAUUGAGUUUGAUCCAACUGGUCAUUAUUUUGCUACAGGAAGUGCUGAUGCCCUGGUCAGCUUGUGGGAUUUGUAUGACUUAGUUUGUGUCAGAACAUUUGCUAGGUUGGAUUGGCCAGUCAGGACACUCAGCUUCAGUUAUGAUGGUAAAAUGCUGGCAUCAGCAUCAGAAGACCUGGUGAUUGACAUAGCUGAAGUGGAAACGGGAGAAAAAAUUCACGAAAUUCCAUGCGACACACCCACAUUUACUGUGGCAUGGCAUCCCAAACGACAUCUGCUGGCAUAUGCAUGUGAUGAUUGCAGUGACCGAGACAGAGAUCGUGAUUCUGGAGUUGUUCACGUGUUUGGAUUCAACGAUUCUUGAUAAACACAUUGAGAAAUUAUAAAAAAGGUCAAAAAAAUCUAAACAAAACCAAACAAAAAAAUCAGCAGCAACGGACUGCAUAUUUUGCCUCAAUUCUUGAGAAAUGAGACUUUUGAGAUGCAAGAGUUUUGAUUUUUGUUCUCCUGGACUAUUCACCAAAAGACUUAGUGUCAGGAUUGUAAGACAUCCAGAAAGACGCGUUUAGUAGGCUUCACGUUUUAAUACAAAUAUAGCCUGAUUAUAUCAUCA